AUGGAGCCUGCUAUCAAAGACUUUCACCAUCCAUACAGACCCUAUGAUAUCCAAUCUGAGCUGAUGAAUGUCGUAUACGAAUGCAUUGCUGAAGGAAAAGUUGGCAUUCUGGAAUCUCCCACAGAGAACGACGAACCCAAUUGGGUAGUUGAGCACGCUCAGGCUCACAGAAGGAACGCUCUGAUUGAACAGAAGUCAAAGCUCGAGGCACAUCUGAGACAAGUUCGGGCCAAGGAGCUCCAGCAAAAGCAGAGCUAUGAGAGCGGCGAGCCUAAAGCCAAGCGCACAAAAGCCGACGAGGCUCAAGCCACUUCAGAUGCUGAAGACGACGAACGUUUCGAGCUCGACGAGUACAACAGCGAAGACGAGAACCCAAAAGCCAAGACUUCAUAUCAUCCUUCCACAGAUCCAGGUCUCUCCUCGGCAAGCUUGCAGUUGAUGGAAAAAUUAGGCUUAAUUGUCAAGCCUUCAGAGAAAGAGGAUCUAUUGCCGACAGACGAUGUCAAGAUUUACUUCUGUUCAAGAACGCACUCGCAAUUAGCACAAUUCGUCCGAGAACUGCGGCGCGUUAAUCUUCCGGAGGUAUCCUGGGCAGCGGAAAUGGAUGCUUCCGACCCAGAGGACAAAGUGGUAGUCAAGCAUCUUCCCCUAGGAUCCAGGAAGAACCUUUGCAUCAACCCAAAGGUCUCUCGGCUUGGUAGUGCACCUGCUAUCAAUGAACGCUGCCUGGAGUUGCAACAAUCUGACACUUCCAAAGAUCACAAAUGCCCGUUCAUCCCAAACAAGGAGAAUGAGACACUGGUGAACGACUUUCGAGAUCACACCCUUGCGAAAAUCAGAGACAUUGAGGAUCUGGGACAGCUUGGCAAGAAGAUAGGCAUAUGCCCCUAUUAUGCCUCAAGAGCAACAAUCAAACCUAGCGAGAUCGUCACACUGCCGUAUCCUUUACUAUUGCAAAAGUCAGCCAGAGAAGCUCUGGAUAUCUCCUUAAAAGGCCACGUGAUCAUCAUUGACGAAGCGCACAAUCUCAUGGACACCAUAUCAAGCAUACAUUCCAUCACUGUGACCCAAGACCAAUUAAAGCGAUGCAGAUCUCAACUAGGCGUUUACCUCCAGAAGUUUCGCAACAGAUUGAAAGGCAAGAACAGAGUCUAUGUUGCCCAAGUGGUCCGCUUGAUCGAUUCGGUAUCAGGCUUUCUUGAGACUAGGAUUACUGAAAAGCAAUCCUCAGAGGGGAUCGUCGAUGUUGGUCAUCUGAUGGCCGGCAAAGGAGUGGACCAAAUCAAUCUCUACAAGCUUAUGCGUUAUUUUCAAGAAAGCAAGCUCGCUCGGAAAGUGGAAAAUUAUACCAUCCACACCGAAGAGCAAGAGUCGAAAGCCAAGUCUAGAAUGGAGCGCGAAGCCCAUGUCUCAACCACGCCGGUAUUGACCCAUGUCCAGUCUUUCCUCCAGACUCUGACAAACCCAGCUGCUGAGGGUCGGUUUUUCUAUGAAAAGGAUGGGAAUAAUGAUGUGUCUCUCAAAUACAUGCUCUUGGAUCCGACGCAUCACUUUAAAGAGAUUGUUGAAGAUGCAAGAGCAGUUAUACUAGCUGGAGGGACGAUGUCACCUGUAAAACUCCCCCAUCUCGAUCUUCUCUCUGAGUAUUCGCUAAAGAUUCUUCAGAUGGAUGAUUACACCCGCCAUCUUUUUGCAUACGUUGAUCCUGGUCGCCUGAAAACCUUCAGCUGCGGGCACAUAAUUCCAAAGGAGAACCUCAUUGCGCUCCCGGUAGCCAAGGGACCAGGUGGUAUAGAUUUCGAUUUUACUUACGACAAGCGCAACUCUCUCGCGAUGAUCGAGGCUUUCGGAAAAUGUCUACUCCAGCUCUCAAACAUCAUCCCUGACGGCUUAGUCGUCUUCUUCCCAAGCUAUGCCUACCUCGAACAAGUGGUACUCCGCUGGCAAAUGAAGAGUAGCGGAGCAGUAAACUCUAUCUGGGACCGCUUAAUGGAGAGGAAGCCCAUUUUCCGAGAAUCCAAAGCCGCCACCGGUAUCGAUGACGUCCUCGGCCGAUACUCCCAAGCCAUCUCCACCGGCCACGGCGGCCUCCUCCUCUCCGUCAUCGGCGGCAAGAUGUCCGAAGGCAUCAACUUCUCCGACGCCCUCGGGCGUGGCGUCGUAGUUGUUGGCCUCCCCUUCCCCAACAUCCAGAGCGCCCAAUGGAAAGCCAAGCUGGAGUACAUCGAACAAAGCACGACGACACGAACGGGUAGUCGGGAUGAGGGAAAGGCUGCCGCUAGAGAGUUCUACGAGAACGCGUGCAUGAGGGCGGUAAACCAGAGCAUUGGGAGGGCUAUCAGACAUAGAGGAGACUUUGCGAGUAUUCUACUCCUGGAUCGGCGGUAUAGGACACCGAGGAUCGAGGGCAAGCUACCGGCAUGGAUUCGGCAGGGUAUCGUUAAGGGUGGAGAAGACGGUCUUGGGCAGGUGCUCGAGAGUUUGAGGAUGUUCUUCAAGGGCAAGAAGAGUGUCUAA